ACAACUUCCUAAGGUCCGAACGAUCGUAUCAGUCAAACGAGCCAACAUGUUCUCCAAGAUCGCAAUCAUCGCCUGCGUUCUCGCAGUAGCCAACGCUGGUGCCAUCGGCUACUCUGCGCCAGCAGCGUAUGCAGCUCCAGCCAUCGGCUACGCUGCGCCAGCUGUUGCCAGCUAUGCUGCCCCGGCCUACGCCACCAGCUACGCUGCCCCAGCUUACACCAGCAACUACGCUGCCUCCAGCUUGGCCGCCACCUCCGAGAACGUGUACCGCAGCGCCGGCAACCUCAACACCAUCGCCAGCCACUCCAAGACGGUAGCCACUCCGUUCUCCAGCAGCAGCAAGCACUUCACCAGCGUCACCAACCCCGGAGUCUACACUCAGACCGCCAUCGCCGCCCCUGUAGCCACCUACGCUGCUGCUGCCCCCAUCGCUCACGCCAGCUAUGCUGCCCCCGUGGCUCACGCUAGCUACGCUGCCCCCGUCGCUCAUGCCAGCUACGCUGCCCCCGUGGCUCACGCUAGCUACGCUGCCCCCAUCGCCCACGCCGCCCCCGUUGCCGCUCACGGAAGCAGCCUUCUUGGUGUUGCUUACUCCCCAGCCGUCGCCGUCUCCCACAUGACCUACAGCAGCCCCGUCGGCAUCAACUACUCCUGGUAAACACUGGAGUUGUAAUGAUGACGAUAGAUAGAGGUUGGCCUGCUUGGUUCGACUGAUAUAUAGUGAUUGAUCGUCUGUACUUUAAGACUGUCGAGAACGUGAACUGAUUUUUCGUCACGUUGUAUAUAAGUUGUAUAUUUAUUUAAUAAACUAUAUGAUGCUUCAUAAACUUA